AUGGAGGGGGUCAGAGUUCACCUGCACGAGCGAGAGCUGUGGAGGAAGUUUCAUGACGUCACCACGGAAAUGAUCAUCACCAAGGCAGGCCGGCGGAUGUUCCCGAGUUACAGAGUGAAGGUGAGCGGUCUGAACCCCCAAACUAAAUACAUCCUGCUGAUGGACGUCGUGUCUGCUGAUCAGCACCGCUACAAAUACGUGGAUAACAAAUGGUUAGUAAGUGGGAAAGCAGAUCCACCUAUUCCGGGUCAACUAUACGUUCAUCCGGACUCUCCCGCACCUGGAGCUCACUGGACCAAACAACUUGUCUCCUUCCAAAAACUUAAACUGACCAACAACCACCUUGACACCUUCGGCCAUAUUGUAUUAAACUCCAUGCAUAAAUACCAGCCACGGCUACACAUAGUGAAGGCUGAUGAGAAGAACGGGUUUGGUUCCACCAGCACCGUGUUCUGUACACACUCGUUCCCUGAGACCAUCUUCAUCGCCGUCACGUCCUACCAGAACCACACAAUCACUCAGCUGAAGAUUGAGAACAAUCCGUUUGCUAAAGGUUUCCGCGGUAAUGAAGACAUUGAUAUGCUUCGAAUAUCUUGCGCACAGAGUAGGGAAUUCCCGCUGGUACCAAGAACAACAGUUCGCCCGAGAUCUGAUUCAGCCACGCCCUACACAGUUAACCUCGCCCUCAUGUCCGACUACACUGGCCCACAUCCUCCAGGAAAACGAGGACAAGACACCCCUACACCAGAAGACCAACAAAAUUUCACCAAAACUGACUCUUCCUCUCACCUCCUGACCUAUCAGAUGGAAGCUGGGUUGAGUAACGGAGCCCCCUACAGGGCGGAGUCAGCGCAGUGCCAGCCGUGUAUGUACGCUGGUGUUAUGUGGGAAUCUUACCCCGAGUGCCCAACAUAUUCAUCAUUUACGUCCUCUUGGGAAGCAGACGGGGCCCCGUACUCCACCCCAGAACUUAACCAGGACAUCUACCCACAAUACAUCUGUGAACCAGGCAUGCAGCCACAUUGCACAAUGCCUGAGUACACAGGGUGGAGCGGUAACUGAGUGUGGUUUUUGACACGGAGAGAUGAUGUAACCUGAGGUGUGUUUCUCUAUAACAAGUUAGUAUUGUACGCUUACAACUUGGAGCGAUUUAAGGGUAACUAAUUGGUACAGAAGCCACACCUCCUUUCCCAUAACUGACUUCAGAAGCUUCAGAAGUCAUGACCCCAUUUCCAUUACUGACAAAUGCAUAGGCCACACCUACUUUUCUGGAGAUAAAGGACACAGAACCCAGCAUCAGGGGCCACACCUACUCUACUGAGACUGACAGCUAAAGAGACCACUCCGACUUCAUGACGACUGACAGCAGCAGAGACUAUGCUGAUUACCUUAUAAGACUGACAGUUACAGAGGCUCCGCCCACCUCAACGAGACUGAAUGCCUACUCGAUUGAGACUCAAUGUGCGAGAGGCCUUCAGAGACUUAACUUCAGGUACUUCACUGAAACUGUAUAUAAAAGGCCAUGCCUACGUCACUAAAACUGACAGAUAUAAAGCCCACGCCUACUCCAUUAAAGCUAACCAUGGCAGAGGCCACACCUAUGUCACUAAGACUAACUGUAAGAGAGACCACGCCUAGUUCACUGGAACUGACUGGGAGAGACGUCCCACCUAGUUCACCAAGACGGACAGCCACAGAGGAUAUGCCUACUUUAUAGAGACCGACACCCACAGAGGCCACGCCUACUUCAUUAAAACUAACUGUGACAGAGGCCACGCCUACUUCAUUGAAACUAACUGUGACAGAGGCCACACCCAGUUCAUUAAACUGAAUUGUAAGAGAGGCCACACCCACUUCACUGAGACUGACACCCACAGAGGCCACACCUACUUUAUUGACUAACUGUGACAGGGGCCACACCCACUUCACUAAAACUAAAUGUGAAAGGCCACAUCUAUUUCACCCACAGAGGCCACGCCUACUUCGCUGAGACUGGCACCUUUAUAUGAACAUAAAUCAAUAUGAAUCUAAAUAGCCAAAGGUUUAUACAUGAAACGGUUAACACGAGGAAUUCUGCAGAUGCCUUUAACAGCAAUGAAUCUCUGAAUCAGGUCUAAAUGAUUCCAUGUUCUGAAACGAAUCAGUAAUAAUAAUAAUGAGAGAAAACUGAUCCGCUAGACAAAUCAUACAAACUUAUGUACUUGUACAUAAAUGAUCGAAUCAAGGUUUUUUUUUUAUUUGUGUGUGUGCGAGAAAAAUAUCUUAGACAAUAAUAUACUGUAAUAGGAUGGAUUCUGUAUCAGUCUCUUUAUU